CGUGAAUAUGACGUGAAAUUUCAUUUUUUGAAGGUGCCUGGUGUGGGUUUCGACUUUUCAAAGUGCCUGUAAGUUGACAUAACAUUUUUCGUCAGUUGUGCACUUGUGCAAGUAAUAUAGAUGUGCCAAGGCCAACCUGCGCCACGAUCAAGUACGAAGGUUGGAGGGACGUAACGCACGCCGAUCUAGGCCUAUGGACGCCACUGGAGCUGGGGCCCGUGUUCAUAACUAGGAUGAGGUCAUGUACCGUUUUAACUGGAUCAGCAGUCAUUCUACUGGCAUUGGCGUCCCUGUUCGCACUCUUAGGACAGUGUAACGGUGACAAUAAAACACUUAUUGCUUGCGGAUUCUUCAUUUUAGGAGGGCUCUCUUUAGGAUUCGGCCUAGUUAUUUUCGCAACCGCUUUGUCUGAGACCCUGAGUGAAAUCAGGGAUUAUUUAGACGAUUCCGAUUCUUCAACUCAAUAUGAUUAUCGUUACGGAUGGUGUUUUUUUGCCAGUGGGACUGCUUUCAUCUUAGCGAAUCUGGCUGCUCUCUUCUCGCUAUCUGGAUACUUGAACCGAUUCACAUCAGUCGACGAUAUGGUUCGAGUAAUGGUGCCUGGUGCAGACAGGAAGCUAAAGGAACACCAGCGCUUUUCGGGAGAAUACCUCCUGAAGCACACAACCAUCCAGCCUCGACCGACAUACGAAAUAGAGGGAUGUCGACCCAAAUUCGAGCACGAAAACAUCCGACCAGUCAUAGAAGGAGAAUGCGGUCCGUUACUAAACAAGACACCACCGGACGUCUGCACCACCAACAAAUGCGUAGAGUUCGACGUUGCCGAUUUGAACACCAGUUCCUUCCUACCAGGAGUGAUGGAGUACAAUAGUGGUUCUAACGCUUUAGCCGGACAAACUGUACCAAUCACGAUAAAAAACCAUACGCUGCCACCGCCCGUUACCUACGCCAAUCUACCGUUAACCAAAUACGGAACCCUGCCCCAUCCCGGCACCACGCUCCACCAAGGGUUCCUCGGUGUGUCGGAAAUCGGAAGUUCUAGUUCUAAUAGUUCUAGUGGUUACUGCUCCAAGAGCAAAACUCUGCAACAUCAGAGGCCGGCGAAGAAGAAGUGCGUUAAAAUCGAGACCUUUCAAACUCCAGACACUGGUUUUUGCGAGUUUAGUAAAAAGGCGAACACACUGCAGUAUUCAGGAAGUGCGGUAUGACAAAUGGUGGACGAGGUUUGAGUAGCGUAUUCUAAAGAACUAAUCGAUUAUUUUUGGUUUCUGAUGAAAGAAGGUUUAUAACAAGAUGGGAGCGAUCAUUGAUACUGAAAACUUCAUAAAAAAUCAAAUUGCAUUAAUUCGAAGCCUGAAAAUCUUUUUCGACCACAUGAGUGAAUAUGUAUUUCGGGAAUUCUCAUUUUCAUUGAUCUACUGAUCCGAUUCAGAGAACCGAAUAUUCAAAUAGAUUGAUACCGACAGAAAAGCUCAAAAUGUAUUACCGUUUCUCAGAACGGAUGUUGUCGUACAGCAGGAUUUUAUCGCUUUAUGACUGGAAGUGCUUUCGGAAGAUCGUUAGAUCAUUUUCGUUGAUAUUUCAAGUUUUUUUCUUUGUA